AUGGCAGCGAACCGGGUCGGGAGAAGAUGUAACAACAAAGUCCAUUCCCCGAGUAGGGGUCCAGGUAGGGACCCGGGGCUUAGCUUGCAGAAGAGGCAAGCACGGGUCACGGUAAAGUACAACAGAAAGGAGCUCCAAAGGCGCUUGGAUGUGGAGAAGUGGAUUGACUGUAGUCUGGACGAGCUCUAUUUGGGCAGGGUGAGUCCCAUCAAUUUGAAAUGAAACGGAUCUCUAAUGAUAGGCUACGCAAUACGUAUACAGUCACAUACCAAUGCGAAACGUUUAUUUGAUUUAUUGUAAGAAUACAAAAAGUGUUUUACGUAAUAACAAUUAUUCAUUGUAGCAUAAGUGUUCACUGAAUGACAUUAAGCGACUUUGGCAGCAGCUCCGGUGUACGCAAUCCACUGUAGCGUGGUACAUCACUUUUCAGUGGGAGUUGAUCGCUAUAAUGAAUAUAUCGGUUUGGCGCAUUUGGGAACAUAAUAGUCAUUUUAUGUGAGCGGUUAACGCAGCAAUUUCGAAUAUUCAGUCUCCUCAAGAUAUGUAAAUACAACUAUUCACAAAAUGUGACUAAGUCUGUUUUUCAGAGAUCGUACUGCCUAGUGUCGCUUACCAUCUGGGAUGUGGCUACGACGUUAAUCAAUUUUACAUGGGUGGGGGGGGUUGCCUGCCUUGUCUCUCCUUGCGCUCUGUCUGUUUAACAUUCGAUUAAUCAAGGAUGUGUAGAUAGAUGCCUUAUAGUCGUAGGGUCAAAUGACUGUCUAGUCAAAACACUGCCUGGUCAAAACACUGCCUGGUCAAAACACUGCCUGUAAUAUUGGUACAUUCAUGGUCUCAUCAAAUCCAGAUUGAUAGUAUUGUGAAUAUUUUUUCUUAUCAGACACUAUUGACUGGACACUUGUCCUUUAGCUAAUAAUAAUAAUAAAAGCAAACAUUUCUCUGUAGCCAGAAGAAGAGAGGAUUAUAAUAAACUACAAAGCCAUUAGCAAGUUGAACAGGUUUAUUCUGCUCUAAGAAGAACACCAGCCGAGGUGUUUUACACCUGCCUGGCAUGCUUCCUCAUAUUAGCAAAGCAUGGAAAGACAUAGACUUGGCGUCCAAGGGAAAAUACAAAAGUAGAUAUGGUAUAUUCCCUUCAUGUUGUAUGUAAGGGGAUGGACGGUCAGUAUACUCCCUGUGAGUGGGGAAAUACUGUCUCACUGCCAGGGGUGACAUGGAAAAGAUCAGAGGUCCAAUUGAAAGUGCUCCCAGAAACAUAACUGGUCUGUGGCUGGCUGGCCAGGUCGCUUGGCGCUUGUUGCUUUACGUGGACAGCCUUGAGGGUUUAUGGGCUUCUGGCUGACAAAACAGGAGGACCUGGUGUAGUGUGUGGCAUCACCAGCGAGGGCAGGGGCACCAGUGGAUGUUGGUAGGCAUUGGGUCAAGGCACUGCAUGGUGGAGGCUGUGUGAGAAGGCAGGGUUGGGGAGGAUGGUUGAUGUAGGGAUGGGGUUGGUGCUAUGGUACAGUUUUUUGGAUUAUUCCAUACCAAUAAUCUCUCCAUCAGACACAACCAUCUCCUGCUCAGAAUGUAUUUAACUAUAGCACUAUAGAAAUUGGAUGCCCAGUGUUGAAUUCUGUUUGUAUGAUACGUUGAGACCUAUUUGAGUCUACAGCCUUCUGGGUGGUUCUCUUUUUCUGCAGAGCAAUUAGCAAUCUGUUCUUCAGCAUCUGCUUUCGACAUCCAAUUUAUAACAUAGUAAUAAAACAUGGUAGUAAAAACUCAAUGUGUUUACUGCAAAGACCACCACCUGACAGAUGCUACCCAAUGACAGAGGAGUAAAAGCAGUGCUGUCACAGGGGGAUACCUCUGUAGUGACCAUUAUACAACCACAGGGGAGACAAUGACAGCAAAAACAGCAUCAGUGAGCUGUCAUAUUUUUUUUAUAGGGUCUCUCUGCAUCCACUUAAAGAAUAGAGAAUAUAGAAAUAUUGCAUUAGAUCCUAUUUAGUGUUCAUGACAAUUUGACCUACUGUACCAUUCUGUUUCUUGUGGAUGGAUACAGUAAACACACUUGCUUUCUCAUAAACACACACACAUGGCCACAGCUUUAUAUCUAUGUUAAUGAGUUAAUUGCUGUGCUGAUAGUGGAACAGGCAUGUGUAAUGACUGUGUAAUCAGAUCUCCCCAAUACUCAUUUCCUGCUAGACCAAAGCCCACCCUGGCUGCCCCUGCAACAUGAAAACCCCCUGACCAGGCCUGAAUGGACGCUAACUAUCCCAGUUAUUGAUUGAUGACAUCUUUGUCUCCUGGGAUGAUUCUUAUGAAUGGGAGGAUGGGGGUUUGGGGGAAGUGAAGGUCCCAUAUGUCACCAAAGAGCACAAAGAGAAUACUCCCCCCAUCACGAGCCUGUUGUUGAAGCUCGAAAUAUUGACUGUAGUGCAUCGCUUGGCCCAUUAUCAAAGGUCAUUAGUCUUAUAUUAGCGCUCUAUCAACGCUCAAUCGGAGGCCCAGCUUAAGACCCCGCAGUGUUCUGCUAUCUGCGUGAUUGUCUGCCAGGCUCGGGGUCUUUUCACUUUUAAUCCCAUGUCCCACCACUACACCCAGCCAUUAUAACCAUUCUAUUGCGUCGUCACUGCCCACUAAGCGACACAGAUGUGACAGCCAGUUGUUAUGCAAUUUACCACUGCAAACUGGGAGAGAAAAACUUUGGAGAACUAAGGUUUUUAGAGUGCAAUUGUUUAUUUUUGUAGCAACAAUCAAUAUCUAAUGGGUGUGAAAUAUGUAUUGCAACUGAUCUAUAACAGCUGUUUCCCCAACCUAAUGCAAUUUGUCGAAGACGUGGAAAGUAAUCUCAUAAGACUCAUAAAAUAUAUAAAUCGCACAAAUAACAUGACAUAAUUGCGUUUAUCUUGAACCAGAACACCUGCCCCACAAUUUAGUGAUGAAUGAAUACCUAAUGGAAAUGCAUUUUAAUGUGCACGCUUAUGUAGAUGAGAGAAACAGCCAUCAAUCUCCUGAUGAACAGGCCCAUUUCCUGGUGUACAGUCGUGGUCAAAAGUUUUGAGAAUGACACAAGUAUUGGUCUUCACAAAGUUUGCUGCUUCAGUGUUUUUAGAUAUUUUUGUCAGAUGUUACUAUGGUAUACUGAAGUAUAAUUUCAAGCAUUCCAUAAGUGUCAAAGCUUUUAGUGACAAUUACAUUAAGUUUAUGCAAAGAGUCAAUAUUUGCAGUGUUGACCCUUCUUUUCAAGACCUCUGCAAUCCGCCCUGGCAUGCUGUCAAUUAACUUCUGGGCCACAUCCUGACUGAUGGCAACCCAUUCUUGCAUAAUCAAUGCUUGGAGUUUGUCAGAAUUUGUGGGGUUUUGAGGAUUCACCACAAGUUCUCAAUGGGAUUAAGGUCUGGGGAGUUUCCUGGCCAUGGACCCAACAUUUCAAUGUUUUGUUCCCUGAGCCACUUAGUUAUCACUUUUGCCUUAUGGCAAGGUGCUCCAUCAUGCUGGAAAAGGCAUUGUUCAUCACCAAACUGUUCUUGGAUGGUUGGGAGAAGUUGUUCUCGGAGGAUGUGUUGGUACCAUUCUUUAUUCAUGGCUGUGUUCUUAGGCAAAAUUGUGAGUGAGCCCACUCCCUUGGCUGAGAAGCAACCCCACACAUGAAUGGUCUCAGGAUGCUUUACUGUUGGCAUAACACAGGACUGAUGGUAGUGCUCACCUUGUCUUCUCCGGACAAGCUUUUUUCCGGAUGCCCCAAACAAUCGGAAAGGGGAUUCAUCAGAGAAAAUGACUUUACCCCAGUCCUCAGCAGUCCAAUCCCUGUACCUUUUGCAGAAUAUCAGUCUGUCCCUGAUGUUUUUCCUGGAGAGAAGUGGCUUCCUCGCUGCCCUUCUUGACACCAGGCAAUCCUCCAAAAGUCUUUGCCUCACUGUGCGUGCAGAUGCACUCACACCUGCCUGCUGCCAUUCCUGAGCAAGCUCUGCACUGGUGGUGCCCCGAACCCGCAGCUGAAUCAACUUUAGGAGACGGUCCUGACGCUUGCUGGACUUUCUUGGGCGCCCUGACGCCUUCUUCACAACAAUUGAACCUCUCUCCUUGAAGUUCUUGAUGAUCCGAUAAAUGGUUGAUUUAGGUGCAAUCUUACUAGCAGCAAUAUCCUUGCCUGUGAAGCCCUAUUUGUGCAAAGCAAUGAUGACGGCACGUGUUUCCUUGCAGGUAACCAUGGUUAACAGAGGAAGAACAAUGAUUUCAAGCACCACCCUCCUUUUUAAAGCUUCCAGUCUGUUAUUCUAACUCAUUCAGCAUGACAGAGUGAUCUCCAGCCUUGUCCUCGUCAACACUCUCACCUGUGUUAACGAGAGAAUCACUGACAUGAUGUCAGCUGGUCCUUUUGUGGCAGGGCUAAAAUGCAGUGGAAAUGUUUUGGGGGGAUUAAGUUCAUUUUCAUGGCAAAGCGGGACUUAGCAAUUAAUUGCAAUUAAUCUGAUCACUCUUCAUAACAUUCUGGAGUAUAUGCAAAUUGCCAUCAUAAAAACUGAGGCAGCAGACUUUGAAAAUUUAUAUUUGUGUCAUUCUCAAAACAUUUGACCACGACUGUAGAGAGAACCUCUAUUGGAAAUGUCGCUGUGCCGAUCAUAUGUCUCAAUCAUUAUGGUUUAUACUUUGAUAUAAAGUCAAUAACCACAAUUUCACUGACAGCAUUAAACCCUUAUUACAUUCUUGACAAUGAGACAUUUUGGUAGUGUUCUGAACAGAUGUGCUAAUAAUAUUGUAAUUAAUACUAGAUCAGGUGUCAAACUCAUUCCAUGGGCUGAGUGUCUGCGGGUUUUCACUCCUCCCUUUAUACUUGAUUGAUGAAUUAAGGUCACUGAUUAGUAAGGAACUCCCCUCACCUGGCUGUCUAGGUCUUCAUUGAAAUGAAAAACCAAAAACCAGCUGACACUCGGCCCUCCAUGGAAUGAGUUUGACACCCCUGUACUAGAUUAAUAUUAUGUUUAUGUGCUGUAGCAGUAAGUAACUGUGGGAAUGCAUCUGGUGAAAACUAGUGAUGAUGAUGUUUAGAGUAGUAAUGACUUGUUAGGAUGUGACAGCAGGGAAUGGCCCCCUCUGCCCUGAUGGAAAAAGAGAGAGAGAUAGAGGUUGACAUAUUCUGGGCUAGAGAGACAAGGUGUGAGAUGGAGUAGGAGAGAAAGGAAAUGUCUAAUAGCAUGUCGUACAGGCGGUAAAGAGGAUGUGAAUAUUACAGAGAGUGGGAGAGGAGUGGGACAGACCAAGAGAGACAGAUCAUGAAUCUGGAAAUGACAUGUUAAUGUAGUAUAUUAGGGGUAGAUAGAUACUGUAGUUGUUCUGCAUUUAGCAGUUUGCCUGUUGCAGGAUAUGAAAUGGAAGGGGGAAGGAAUGGUGAUAUGGGAAAAAUACUUGAGUAAAGCUAGAUAAGCAUCUGUCAAUACUGCAGGCUCUAAAGUAAAUACAACAGCUGAGGGUUAUAACAUGGGUCUACACAAACCGACCCACAAAAAUGACUUUAAUGAUAAGAAAUUAUAAUAUUUUGUGUAGUGGCUCAUUAUCAGUGAAAUGUAUUGAGGCUGAAUGUUUCAUGUGUAUAUUGAUUGAUAUUUUAUUAAUGAUUACCUUCCACCUCAAUGGGUUAUGGCAAUAAUGGACAUUCAUGUACAUUUAAAGAGUGUUCGCUUCCCUUGUAAAUGAUUUUACUUUCCGUUAGUCUUCAGUUUAACCUGGCAUGGUAUUUUGACCCAAAUUUAUUUUGUCACCAGUGUGAGACAGGCCACUUACUGUAUCAGGGUGUUGGCUAUGGAAAACAUGACACAGGUGCACAGCUGGACACAGUGACACAGGGACCAGUGGACAACCACCCAGAGUAUCCAAGCAAACAAAAACCACAUUACCCUCAACCCACUGGCCUGGAAGUGAUGUGGACUAAAUUGCUGCCUUGGAGCCAUCUACUGAUGCUAAACUAGGUGGAAGGACUCGUUCCCUUUCUCUUUCUGUCUCUCUCUUUCUGUCUCUCUCUCUCUCUCUCUCUCUCUCUCUCUCUCUCUCUCUCUCUCUCUCGGUCUCUGGGUUGCCCUCUCGCUCUCUGCUACAGAGGAGUGAGGGCCCAGCCGUACUCAUUACAAACUGCCACCUAGAUCUGGUAUUGUUGCUGGUGCUACAUUCUCUAAAACAACAAUCACUCACCUUCAUUUUCUGCUAAAACACACAGUCAACACACAGUGCAGGCUAAACUAGAACCACAGAUGAAAGGGGAUUCGUUAAAAGUAUUGUUGCUAGAAAUCAAGGACUGCUAGAAAUACUGGGGUGGGCUAUAUCAUCUGAUCAUCGCUAAUGUAGGCUACAUGAAUCAGCUAGCUAGUUAGCUAGGCUAUGCUGUCAAAACAAGCUAACUAGUCUUUGCUUGUAACCUACUACUGGCGGUAUUCAUUUAAAACUCGUACAUGCAGGACGAGUGGCAGAAGGGCAGGGAGGGGACUUUUUUUCAAGAUUCAUACGUUUAUGAGAAAUGAUCUACUUUGAUGGGUAAUUCGUUGCAUUUAAAGUUACAAGAAAGAAAAGAGACAAAAAAUGUAAUAAGGUAUUUUUAUUUUUACGCCACCAAUCAAAAGGGCAUUUUUUUCAUAGUAGGGUUCUAUCUGUGCACCUUUCUGCUCACCUUUACUAUUAGCCUCCUGCACAAGUAAGAUAGGACUCAAGACCAUAAAGAAGUAUAGGACACAUUAGCCCACCCGACAUCACACAUCCCCUCACUGAACAUUCUAAUGUGAUCUAAGCAUAAUGUGCAAUCCAGACUUGGACAAUGAAAGCAGUUGAAUCCCGAUAAAAGCAUUGCAUCAGCCUAAAGUGACUAACUCACCCUGACAGGCCUGUGUCAUCAUGUUUGUCCCACGAUGGAGGCUGUGUUUACUCAACACUGCAAGGAAUGCUCACUGAGCCUCACUGAGCCUCAUUAACCUGAUAUACACAAUAAUGUGUAGUUUCAUUACACAUGUAUAUUACAAUACCGUGUAUUACACACAUUGUUGUGUCUGUGUGGUACGUGUAUGAGAGUGUUUGUGCUUGCUCGCGUGGCUGUGUUUUUAUAUGCCUGUGUGUGGGCAGUAUGAGACUGUAUUUCAUUGGCAUUUGGAGUUGAAAGAAAGGUCUGGGUAGGAAGAGACUGCUUGGAUCUGCCUGGACGGACCUUUACACUACCGGCACCCAAAGACAGACCCAAAGGGGCUGGUUAACCUUACUGCUGAACUCUGUAUGGCCUGUUGCAUGAGUGUCACUAGUCAACAUGUCACACACACAUGCACUCACUCACGCCCAUGCUGUCUUUGUUGUGUACUGUGGUUGAUGUUUGGGUUAGGUUCUGACGACAGCCUCCCAUCUAGUCUACAGUGUUAUUUGCAGUAGUCUUCAUACAUUUCCAUAUUUUGUUAUUCAAAGAAUCUCUGCCUUACCAAAAAGGGCAAUAAGAAAAUGACCAGGGUUCAUUUUUGGCUCACUAUGUUGAUAGCAUCACAUCAUGAAUAAUUCCCUUUGAAUGUGCUGUUUGUGCCAAUGAGCAGACUUGCCUCAAGGGACAAAUAAAUAAGGUGGAAUCUCAUGAGACUCUUGGUAAGUGUUUGGCCAGAAGCCAUUGUGGAAUACUUUCCUGUUCAGAAUGAACGAAGUAGUUUGGGAAUGGGGGUGUGACGACAUUUUAUACUGAACAAAAAUAUAAAUGCAAAGUGUUUCAUGAACUGAAAUAAAAUAUCCCAGAAAUGUUCCAUACGCACAAAAAGCGUAUUUCUCUACAAAUGUGUUUACAUCCCUGUUAGUGAGCAUUUCUCCUUUGCCAAGAUAAUUCAUCCACCUGACAGGUGUGGCAUAUCAAGAUGCUGAUUAAACAGCAUGAUCAUUACACAGGUGCACCAUGUGCUGGCGACAAAAGGCCACUCUAAAAUGUGCAGUUUUGUAACACAACACAAUGCCACAGAUGUCUCAUGUCUUGAGGGAGUGUGCAAUUGGCAUGCUGACUGCAGGAAUGUCCUCCAGAGCUGUUGCCAGAGCAUUGAAUGUUCACUUCUCUACCAUAAGCCCCCUCCAAAGUCGUUUUAGAGAAUUUGGCAGUAUGUUCAACCGGGCUCACAACCGCAGACCAUGUGUAACCACGCCAGCCCAGGACCUCCACAUCUGGCUUCACCUGCGGGAUCGUCUGAGACCAGCCACCCGGACAGCUGAUGAAACUGUGGGUUUGCACAACCAAAUAAUCUCUGCACAAAGUUUCAGAAACCGUCUCAGAAGUUCAUCUGCGUGCUCAUCGUCCUUACCAGGGCCUUGACCUGACUGCAGUUUGGCGUCGUAAACCGACUUCAAUGGCCACUGGCACGCUGGAGAAGUGUGCUCUUUACAGAUGAAUCCCGGUUUCAACUGUACCGGGCAGAUGACGUGUAUGGCGUCAUGUGGGUGAGCGGUUUGCUGACGUCAACGUUGUAAACAGAGUGCCCCGUGGUGGUGGGGUUAUGGUAUGGGCAGGCAUUGCAUUUUAUCGAUGGCAAUUUGGAUGCACAGAGAUUCUGUGACGAGAUCCUGAGGCCCAUUGUUGUGCCAUUCAUCUGCUUCCAUCACCUCAUGUUUCAACAUGUUAAUGCAUGGCCCCAUGUCGUAAGGAUCUGUACACAAUUCCUGGAAACUGAAAAUGUUCCAGUUCUUCCAUGGCCUGCAUACUCACUAGACGUCACCCAUUGAGCAUGUUUGGGAUGCUCUGGAUUGAUGUGUAUGACUGCGUGUUUCAGUUCAUGCCAAUAUCAAGCAACUUCGCACAGCCAUUAAAGAGAAGUGGGACAACAUUCCUCAGGCCACAAUCAACAACCUGAUCAACUCUAUGUGUAGGAGAUGUUGCGCUGCAUGAGACAAAUGGUGGUCACACCAGAUAGUGACUGGUUUUCUGAUCCACACCCCUACCUUUUUGUUAAAGGUACUGUAUCUGUGACCAACAUAUGCAUAUCUGUAUUCCCAGUCGUGAAAUCCAUAGAUUAGGGCUUAAUUAAUUUAUUUCAAUUGACUGAUUUCUUUAUAUUUACAUUUACGUCAUCUAGCAGACGCUCUUAUCCAGAGCGACUUACAGUUAGUGAAUACAUAUAUUUUUUUUUAUAUAUACUGGCCCCCCGUGGGAAUCGAACCCACAACCCUGGCGUUGCAAACGCCAUGCUCUAUCAACUGAGCUACAUCCCUGCCGGCCAUUCCCUCCCCUACCCAAUUGUGCGCCGCCCAUGAGCCUCCCGGUCGCGGCCGGCUGCGACAGAGCCUGGAUUCGAACCAGGAUCUCUAGUGGCACAGUUAGCACUGCGAUGCAGUGCCUUAGACCACUGCGCCACUCAGGAGAAUGAACUGUAACUCAGUAAAAUCUUUGAAAGUGUUGCAUGUUGUGUUUUUAUAUUUUUGUUCAGUGUAGUUAAUGAUCUGUGAAAAUGUCCCAAAUGAAGUGCAUAGACUGUUAUACAAAUAAUCUCUGCUUUCCUCUGAGACUUUGGGGGGAGCUGAAGGCACUGUUUGAGUAUGACCGAUUUUAGGAGGCCGUGAGAAAGCAUAAUGGAUGCGGUCUGUGAUGGAGAAUGUCUGGCCUUGAUGGUGGUGGCUUCCGUCCUUACAGCAUACCUAGACUAGUAGCCAGGGUUGUGGUUCGUUCUCUCUCACGCACUCACUCUCACACACACAUCCCCACAUGCAGUGUUCCUACUGAAACUAAAUCCUGAGAUUAUGGAGGCACUUUGAUGACCGAUUCCAACAGCGGCCCAGCCAUCUAAAAGUCCCUAGGCCUGAACUGCAAGCCCACGCGUCAAUCAUCAUGCAUAUGAUGACUCAACAGCCACCAUGGACACUCACACUUACACACACACACACUGCAAUGCUUCAGGGUCUGUGAAUAUCUCAUGGUGUGUUGCACUCUAAAAACACACACAGCUCUUCCUCUGUGUCUGUAAGACCCAUGCAACUCAGAACUCAUGGCAAGAUCUGAUUUGUCCCUUUUCAUAUAAUGGGGUAUAUGAUAGUUGAAUGUUAGGAUACUGCCCUGGCCAGAGUGUAGUGGAGGAUGCCUACAGAUUGGUGAACAGUUUGACUGACUGACGCUCUGUCACCUUGUGUCCCCAGGAGGAGGAGAUGCCGGAGGAGGUGAACAUUGACGAGCUGUUAGACCUGAAGAGUGAUGAGGAGAGAACUCGCAGGCUGCAGGUAUACUGUCCUACUCACUAGCAAAAUCAUCUGAAGACGUUAUCAUUUGAUCAAUUAAAAGCUGUGUGAACAAGUUGUGCUGUCUAGAUUGUGAGGGUAACAUUAAUAGCUGUAGAUUUGGUUGCUAUUUAAAUAUAUUGUUUCAGCAGCAGCCUGGCCAGUUGAACUAAAAUCUUAUUUGGUCUGGGGAUUUUUUCCAGGAAAUGUUUCACACCUGCAAUAACACAGAGGUAAGUGAGGUAAUCUAUAUAAAAGAGUAAUAUCUAACAAUGUGUUUAAGAUUAUGUAUUGGGUUUUGGGUAGUAUUUUGUGCCAGAGACUGACUUUACAGAAUGAUGUCACAGUGAAGGGACCCAAUCAGAGAACAGGGUUAUGACAAUAUCAUUAUUAAGGUUGCAAAACUGUCCUGGAUUCCAGAUUUUUUCUUAUUCCCUCCUGAUUUGGGGAAUCCUCCAACCUGGGAUUUCUGGGAAACCAGGGAAUUUAUUGAAAGUUCCUGGAAUUUUGUAACCCUAGUUAUUAUGAAGGGACCAAUCAGAGAACAGGGUUAUGAUGAUGUCAUUAUAAAAGGACCAAUCACCACUGGUCAAGUCUGAGUUGAGGCACAAGUCAUGAAAAUUGUGACUUGAGUCCAAGUCAAAUCCAAGUCUUAAACUCAAGUACUACAACACUGCCUUCCUCCCUCUCUUUAUCACCUCCUCGCUCUUUCUUUCAGCAACAGAAGUAACCACUGAUGACUCCACAUAUAGUAGCUGACAAUGCUAGUCUUGUCCCUCACAUACCAGGUCCUUCUUUUACACUGUCCCUGUAUCCUUCGUGGUCAGCAUUACUCAACCUGUCCAUUAUGUGUUGACAGACCAUGUUGACCCCCCCCCCCCCCCCCCCCCCACACACACACACAUAUUGAUAUCAUACACACAAAAUGAAUGAAGUGAUAUCUCUGAAACAUGUUUCCUUGUUGUUUCACUGUGAAUUACUCAACAUUACCAACACUGUGUAUCACUGUAUCCAUUCUGAGCAUGUUUCGUAUGAUGACCGACUGCCCUUCUUCCCUGCACACACAGGUUUUCAUCAAGGAACUGGUGUUGAAACUCCAUGGGCUGCAGAAACAGGAGGACCUCCACAACGAUGGCAUCGAACAACCCCAGCUACACAUCUUCCCCAACCGGCAAAACUCUGCAGACCGAGAGGUGAUCUGA